AUGGUCUCCCUAGAAAAGGCCCUUCAAUCUACACUAAAUUCGGCAACCGAGCAGCCCACGAGCCCGCGGGUAUCGUUCUCGUCCGAUUUUUUCGACGAGCGCGACUUCAUCUCCAUAUGCCCCGACCCUAUGUGGGACCCGCACGGCUCGUUAGACGAAUCCAAUUCCGAGCUGGACAUGAUAGAGUUCGAGUUCCCAUCCGGAAGCCGCCGGCCGAGCACGAUGAUGCCCGCGGACGAGCUCUUCCACCGGGGCAAGAUGCUCCCGUUCCUCAAGCCCGGCCCCAAGUCCGACACAAAACCUCGGGAAGAUAUGGCGACGAUGAGAUGGUUACCGGACGAGGGCCCGUCCCCGAGGCCGCCGAAAUGCACCGUCCUUUGGAAGGAGCUGUUGAGUUUGAAAAAACGGCGCGCCACGUCGGUGCCGGAUAUUUCGUUAAGUGAUGCUAUCGGUAAGAAAGGAAACCAGAGAACGGUGGGUGUGAGGUUAAGGCCGGCGAUUAGCGUGCCGAUUUGCAGUCACGCGAAGAGCACAGUGUUUUCUCCGAUUUUUCGGUCCAGGAAAGGUGGGCUUAGAGAGGUGAUCAGGUGA